UUCUCUCUCUUCUUCAAAUCCCUAGCCAUUUCUCUGUAUAAAUACUUACCAGACGAGCUGGAAGCGAGACAAGAAAACUAGGGAGAGGAAGCUCUGUAACGAACUCUCCUUCUCCUCGCUUUCUUUCAAAUUCUCCGAUCCGUGCAAUCAUCAAUCUCUCUUCACACAGAUAAAACAAUCAUGUCUUCGCUUAGCCGAGAACUCGUGUUCCUAAUACUUCAAUUUCUGGAAGAAGAGAAAUUCAAAGAAACUGUUCACAAAUUGGAGCAAGAGUCUGGGUUUUUCUUCAAUAUGAGAUAUUUUGAAGAUAUGGUGACAAAUGGGGAAUGGGACGAAGUGGAGAAGUAUUUAUCUGGUUUUACAAAGGUCGAUGACAAUAGAUACUCCAUGAAGAUUUUCUUUGAGAUACGCAAGCAGAAGUACCUUGAAGCUUUAGACAAGCGGGACCGUUCUAAAGCUGUGGAUGUUUUAGUAAAAGACUUGAAAGUGUUUGCGGCAUUUAAUGAGGACCUUUUUAAGGAAAUUACGCAGCUAUUGACGCUGGAAAACUUCAGAGACAAUGAACAGCUAUCUAAAUAUGGUGAUACUAAGUCGGCAAGGGGUAUAAUGCUUGCUGAAUUAAAAAAGUUGAUUGAGGCUAACCCACUUUUCCGUGAUAAGCUUCAAUUUCCAACAUUGAAGAAUUCAAGAUUGAGGACACUGAUAAACCAAAGCUUAAACUGGCAGCAUCAGCUUUGCAAGAAUCCUAGGCCAAACCCUGACAUCAAAACCCUAUUUGUUGAUCAUAGCUGCGGCCAGCCAAAUGGUGCAAGGGCCCCGUCUCCUGUCACUAAUCCUUUAAUGGGUACUGUCCCAAAGGCCGGUGGUUUCCCACCAUUGAGUGCUCAUGCUCCAUUUCAGCCUACACCUGCUGCCCUCCCCACAUCUCUUGCUGGAUGGAUGGCUAAUCCAUCUACUGUGCCGCAUCCAUCUGCUUCGGCAGGGCCAAUAGGUUUAGCUGCACCGAACAAUGCAGGAGGGAGUUGGCAAUCUUUCCUCUCUUGA